CACAGACUAAGUCGUCAAGGUACAUGCCUAAACAACUAUGGCUUCCAAAGAAAAAUUUGAAGAUCUAAAUCUUUCUUCAGACGAAAUUAAGCAAAUUGGAGAAGCUCUUAAGAAUGAGGAAUUUAGAAAACUCUUCGUUGAGUACGCAGAAGAAAUUUCCAAUCCUGAAAACAGAAAGAAAUAUGAGGAAGAAAUCACACAAAUGGAGAAUGAAAGAGGAAUGGAUGUUCAGUUUGUCCACCCCAAACCAGGUCACUGCAUUAAAACGAGUGUAGACGGGAACACAAAGGCGUUCAUCAAUAUAUGUGUGAAUGACAAAGUUGAUACUCCACACUCUACCCCUCAAGUUAGCAACGGUCGUAAAGGUUUACACUGGCAGAUUCCUCAUGCUUUCUCUCCACCCAGAGAUGAUAUUGCAAAAUCUGGUGGAAAAUGCAAAGUGUUUGAUGUGGUGUUCAACCCUGACACAUACAGAAUGGGCGAGAAUCCUCGUUUUAUGAAGCUUGUUGAGGAUACUGCUGUUGAAGGUAUUGAGAAUCAGUUUGGUGUAAAAAUUGAUCGCAAAAAUUUGAAACCAAUGAAAAUGAAGUAUAAAGGUGUUCCUGUUGCAACCGUCAUUCGAACAAGAUCUAACCAGCCUACCAAGAAAUCAUCUGAUGAAGAACCUGACAGUGUUUUGAAGAAUAUUCCCUACCCAUAUGAUGAUAAAACAAGUGCUGAAAAAAGUGAAGAAAUGCGAGAAAAGCUUAAAAAUAAGAAGAAAGUAGAUGGUCAGAAAACAAAGUCUCAAAAAUCCCCAGAGAAAAAAGAAGGACCGACUGAGCCUAAAUAUUCUAUUAAACAUAGAUCAAAUAUUGACAUGCAGGAAUAUCGGAAUGCCCCAGAUGCUAAAACCAGUACCAGGCCAAAUGAGUUAGAAAUCAGAAUUGAAUUACCUUUGCUAGACUCAGCAAACCAAGUAGAACUUGAUGUCUUUGAGAAAAAACUGUCAUUGUCUUCAGAAAAACCAGCAAUGUACAAGUUGGAUCUAAAUUUGCCUUUUCCUGUGGAUGAUGAGCAAGGUUCUGCUAGAUUUGAUAAGUCAAAGCACUGCUUGAUUGUAACUUUACCAGUAUUACCUUUGGGACAAGUAGAGUUGCCAUUUUCUGGAGCCAGAGAUGUGGAAACUCGGGAAGAACAAGCUUUUCAAAACCAAGAAGAAACUCCCAAACUGAUUGAAGAAAUUCCACAGAAUGAUGAUUUACCAGAUUUAGAGGAGAUACAUAACCUGGAAGAAACUCCUUCAUCUCCUGAACAUGCUGAAACAAAACCCCAAGAUUCUGAGCCUGUAAAUCUCCCUUCUGCUCCAAAAGUGGCCUAUGGAUUUCCCGAUUUUAACUUCAGUCAGGACACUGAAGCUGUUUCAUUUGUCUUGAAGGUUUGGAAUGUCAUCCCUGAUUCUGUUUCAGUAACUUACCUUUCUUCAUGCAGUUGUCAGGUUCAGUUUUUGUCAAGAGGCUCAGGAGGAUUUCCAAUACACUACCGCUUCAUUGUCAAAUUCGAGGAAGGUUGUGACAUUGUCCCAGAGUACUGCACUACAGAUGUGAAUGAAGCCAAUGUUGUGCUGACCAUCCUUAAGGAAAAGAAGGCUAGAAGAGAUUGGCAUAUGUUCUAUGCGGGCAGCAGUGAAGAUCACCUUCAGGAGUACUUGUUUGUGACUGAGAAGAACCUUCUGACAGAACUUAAUCAGCUGACGGCAGAACCAGAACAAGUGGAACCAGAGACAGAAACUACAGCCUCAGUUGUUGUGACUGAAAUGAAUAAAAAGAAACUGGCGAUAAAGGUCAAGAAGAACAAGCAGCAACAUGUAAAGACAAACCAGGCAUCAUCAUCAUCAGGCGCGAGGACUAUUACCCCGCUGACAGAUUCUGAAGAAGAGGAGUUGGCUUCUGUAGACAACGGACCGCCUUCAGCAGAUAUUCAGGUUGUUCAUGAUCGAGAAGUCAGUAACCUGCAGGGAAUUUUAAAGCAACGCACAGUGUCGGAGUCUAGUGAGGAUUUGACAAGUUCCAAUAGCAGCUGCAGUCCCAGCAGUCCACGAGAGGACCUGUUUGGAUUCAAGAAAUCGGUCAAGUUUAAUGAUCGUAUCGAUCAGACCACAUUCCGCUCUGGAGCAGCCGUCACUUCCAUGACUACAGCUCUGAAGAGUAAACGUCGCAGAAACAGGAAAAGAGAUGAAAAGAAAAGUGGUAGACAGCGGCUGAACAGUGGGGGCUCAGAGGGUACAUCUAGUGGAGAGGAAUUGGAAUCAAGGCAGUUUGUGGAAGAUGAGGAAGAGCAGACCCCCAGCACUGAUAAACAGGAAGUUGUAAUCCAGGAGGAGGCUGGGAAAGAAGAGGAUUCAAUCAAGGCUCAAGUCAAGUCUCAGGAGGUUGUUAUAGAAGGAAAGAGCAGUGAAAGGGAGAAAGAAGUGGAAGAUGGUGAUAAGAUUAGCUCUGAUGUAUUAGAGACGUGUAAUGUUGCCUUGGAGAGUGUUGAAAGCAAGCUGGUGAAAGAUAUCAAGGAGAAAUUGUCCAUGGCAAAGCCAGUGCACUGCAGUGAUAGUGAUGACGAUGGUGGUGAAGUGGAAGAGAAAAAUGUGAAUGGAGUGAAAGAAGAGGAAGUUCAUGUGAUUGUCAAAGAUAAACCGCUAGAUUUUAGGACUAAUCCAACUAAAGUUGGCCAUUCCAAGCAAUCAAAAUUCACAGAGCAGCUAGAUAAAUCCUCCAACCUUUCUGCCAAGCAGAGUGGUGAAGAUUCCGGUGUGGAGAGUGGCCUGGAGGGACCAGGCGAUUCCUCCGAGAAGCCAGGGGACAAGAUAGAGACGGCACUCACCUGGGAGGAGCCAUCCAAGGCUGACCCUGUUCCUGUGACCCAGUCUAAGGCUCCUAAUGUCACUGACCUGACCACUCAGGACCACACUACUAAGUGUGCUUUUGACUUCUCCAAUGCCAUAAUGUUUGACCUCGAUGUUGACUAAGUCUAACAUUCUCACCCUUCAUAUAUACAAACUGUUAAUUGUUUGUAGAUUUUAUUUUUCCUUCAAACUUUAUGGUGAGAGAUUUUCUUUUAAAUCAUUUAAUUAUAAUGAUUAAAUGUGAUACAAUGUACUUUGGUGAUUUUCCCAUUUGUCAUUUUGUUAUGGUGACAUUAAAACUGUGUUCAAAUUUUGAAUGGAUAAUGAAAUAAAAAUUUCCUCAAAGUU